CUGCCGAAAGGAGGAAAGCAGCUGCUCAUGGAGAUGGGGCUGUGGGAAGGCGAGCCAACCCUACGCGUUCACGAGUGCAGCGCGUGCAGGGCGGAAAAGGCGGCAACAAGGCAAGCCAUUACCGCCUUCAACCGCGGUGGAGAGGGGCGGCAGCAGGUGGUGGACAACACGGGGCAGGGAGAAGAGGACGGCGGAGAGGACGGGCACUCGGGUGGGAGCGGGGCAGCUGGUGAAGCAGGCAAGAGGCGUCGCUGCUGCGUCGUGCGCGUUCUGUCUGAGCUCAAGGCGUUCAGGGAGGAGCUCAACAUGGUUGAGAAGCUCUUCAAGGCACACGGGCACCUGUGCAUCUUCUUGCCGAAGUACCACCCAGAGCUCAACGCAAUCGAGCGAUACUGGGGGUACAUCAAGCACCUCCUCCGCCUCCACUGCGAGUAUUCCCUUCGCCACAUGCUCCAGGUCUUGCCCGGCGCGUUGAGCGGCGUACCCGCACGGUUUAUCCGCGCAUGGAGCAGGGUGACGUGGCUGUACAUCGAAGCCUACGACGAGGGCCUGGAGGACUACCUCGAGUACCGCGAUCUCAAGGAGUGGGGGACGCACCGAGAAGCCACCGCCAGAGGAGAUGCCGUGAUUCAGGCGAGGGGGGCGGGGAAGACGCUGGAGCAGAAGAAGGCAGCCGAGGCGAAGGCGCUUGCGGCUGCGCAGGAAGUGCGCAAGAAGUCGAUGGCAGCGACCAGGGAAGCCUUCAACAGGUGGACGAGCAAGACAGCCUCCCGGAAGGAGCAGCUACGGCGGUGGAUUUUGCGCAACACGAUGAUUUUUUUUUAGGAAAUGGUUGGGCGGGCACGCUCAGGCGUUAGUGGGGAGGGCACGUAUCUAUAUGUCGCGGUGCGUUGUAGUGUUGGUUUCUCGCGUUUAGGCGCGGAGAGGCGUUCGUCAUGGUCACCAACUCAACGCUAUAGCUGUCUCUCUUGGUAUCGGACUUUCCGCAGACACAUUCUGACAGCACUUCAGACAGCAGCUCUGUGCCCCGCCAGCUGCUUAUUCCAUGCCUACCAUGGUGUUUUCGUACAAACAGCACUUCAGACAGCAGUAUGCUGUAGUCGGCAAUCUUCCGUUUUGGUAUAGAGUGGGACAGGGAGGAGGUGAUGCUACUGUAGUCGAACGGUGGGACGGACGUGCAGUUCAGUUUUUGGGCACGCAUACGGUGCUGCAGGGAUUUUAAGGUGUACCUCUUCGUGCUCUUGGAUCCCUUU